AUGUGGAAGAUACUUAAUCAAUUGCAAACGAGGGCAUCAUCAUCAUCACUAUUGUUGACACCAAGUGUUGCACCACCUCCUCACACAUCCUCAUUCAUCACCAAGCAACAACAACAACAACCUAUAUUGGUUGCCAGCCAAUCACAAACUCAUGACAACAACAACAAGUCGUGUGUGACAAGUUUGUCAUCCAAACGGACUUUGGUCAAAGUCCCUGCACUCUCGGCCAUCCUACAGACGCCACAUCUUAUACAGCAACAACAAUCAAAGAUUGCAUCGGCCACAGCCACAGCUACAGCCACAGCCACAGCCACGACCACAAGCAUCCAAGUCUUGAACAACAAUACAAACAACAGACAACAUUACUCGACAGCAUCAUCAACGUCAUCAUCUUCACCAACAACAACAUCGACAUCAACUUCAUCGUCCACAACAGGCGAUAUCAACUCACCUGGUGAGCAUGGAUAUAGUCGAUUCAAGGAUGAAUUCGACAUGGUCAACACGAUUGGAAGAGGCGGGUUUGGCGUGGUGUAUCGAUGCAUCAAUCAUUUUGACCAGGUCGAGUAUGCUGUCAAGAGGCUGGCGGUACAUAGUGGCGACCCUGCCAUCGCUCUCAAAGAAGCACGUACCAUGGCCAAGUUGAACCAUCCAAACAUAGUACGUUACUACUCAACAUGGAUGGAGCCAGCACACCUACAUCCCACCGAUGAUACUACAACUGGCAUCAAUGAUGAGGAUGAUAUUGGCGAAUGGUCAAUCGAUGACUUGGACGAGUUGGAUGAAGACGAGUUGGACGAAGAUGACCCUGAGGACGAGUGCAUGUCGAAGACCCCGCCCAUUGGCUACCUGUUCAUUCAGAUGGAGCUGUGCGGCAAGGGUACAUUGAGAUCAUGGAUGAAGCAACAGCAACAACAAUCACAAUUGGGAUCGAAUCAGGGUGAAUGUAAAGAGAUAAUCAAACAGAUAAUCAAUGGACUGCAAUAUAUACAUCGACAAGGCUUUGUACACAGGGACAUCACACCGGACAAUAUCUUCCUGUUCCACACGCCCUCCUCAUUGCUGGCCAAGAUUGGCGAUUUCGGUCUGGCCGAAUCAUUGGAUCAUCUAAAAUCUACAAUGAUGUUUGAUCAACAUCUACAACAUCAUCGUGGCGCACCUAUCAAUAAUAAGGCACCAGUUGGAACAUAUUUGUACACCAGUCCCGAACAAGAAUCAGGCCAAUCAUACAAUCAGAUGACCGAUAUAUUCAGUGUUGGCGUUAUAUAUUAUGAAUUGUUGGCGUGUUUCAAGACGGAGAUGGAGCGAGUAAUGUCAUUAUCAGCACUCAAACGUAAUCAUACACUUCCAUCCAGUUUCAAAUUCCAGUAUCCCAAAGAAUCAACAUUCAUUGAGCGUAUAUUACAACCCUACACACUUAGACCAUCUUCCAGUCAAUUGAUCAAUGAUCAAUUCCUGCUCCAACCCCAAGUCUUUGGUCCAACAACCAAUGCUAGUCUGAUG